CCCGCGCCCUCGCGCGCUUCCCGUGAUUUGGUCGGAGUAUUAGUAUGAUCUCUUCUCAGCUGGGAAACGGAGUUUCACACUACACUACGCCCAAGCGGCUAAUGAGCUGAUCAGUGGUGAAGAGGAUAAAUGAUUGAGGUGCCCAUUAUGAAGAGGGUGGUCGUGGUGGUGUUGAUGGUGACUCAAGUAGCGGUGGGCCUGGCUGUGUCUGACUCAACUCACCUGUAUGGUGAGUGUAUCAUUAAGAAGGGAAGCAGCUUGAAACUUGAGACAUUUAAAGAUUCCAUCAAUCUUAGCGUCGUAGGUGGCGAAGAAAAACAAGUGGAAGUGACAGUGCAGCAGGACGGAGAGGAAUAUAAGCACACGAUAAAAAAUAUUUCUAAAGAUAAAUGGAUGUCUGGUGUACUGAACAUGACCGGUCUUCCACAGCUGCAGCUUCAAGGCCGGAAUGAAUCAUUUACCGGUAAACCAAGUAUCAGAAAAGGAACCAAGAAAACAAUCAUUGUUGACAAUGAAGUUCGCAUUGUAUUAGGAUGUACUCGAGGAUGGCUGAAUCGAGAAUUGAGUCAAGCCUUGGCAAGUGCUCAAGAAAUUCCCUCCUCUGGCAAUGAAGGAGAGACUCUGGUACUCACACCCACCCAGGACACUAAGGUACAGUUUUCAGUGUCAGAGGCUAACAGGAUUUUGUGUCUGAACAACUCGAGAGUGACAGUGAUGGACCAAGACGAAGGACAGCAAUGUGGCAACUUAACCAGAAACACUCCCGUCCAACUCCAGUUUAUGAAGAAUACGGAGGAAGACACAGUUAAGAUCCUGUCUGGAGAGGAACUCCUGGACAACUUGACGCUCUCUGGUGAAAUGACACUCAAGUUUUCUCCCGAGAACUUGGCAGGAACAUUAUAUAUCGCCCAGUGCAUCGAGAGCUACAAGAAGAAAGGUACAGAUGAUAUUACCUCUCCAGAAUUCUCACAGACGACAGAAGCGACAGAAGGCCUUACAUCCUCACCACCAAUAAACUGUGGCCACAACUGUACUCUCAGUAAUAUUUUCCUGGGCAUCUUCGCCGCCAUCGCCGUCAUCCUCUUCAUUAUCGUCAUCGACCUCCCUCGGAGACUCAAGGUGCGAUAUGGGAACACUGGUCAAAAUGACAUAAAUCAACCAGACCACCGAACAGGUCAUUCACUCAUCUCCCGGGACACGUCUACACAACCUCCCGCCAACACUCAUGAGGGAGUGUGUACUGAAAACGACGUAUAUGAGUCCUAUGACGAAUUGAUGGUAUCUCCUGCACCCGAGUCACAGUAGUGGCUAUACUGACUGUACUCACAUUCUUUUGAAGGGUUCAAAGAUCCAGCAAAAUGUAAAAUUACACCAGAGGAUCUACUAAAAAGUGCAACAUUAUUAAAUGAUUUGCCUCAUGCACAUUGUAAGGUGCAUAUAAAAAACCCUUUGGAGUGUGGUAGGAAAUAUAUAAAUGUUAUCUCGUGCCCAUAAUUUUGAUAGUAGUAAAGACCUCUCAAAGUCGGAACUUCCGUAAGUCGAAAGCCCCCAUAAGUCGGACGAGGCUCUGGCUUAUAGGGGGGUGGGGGGAGUUAACGUGAGGCAGCAGUAGGCUGAGGCAUUUAGUGUCAAUUCCCAAAUCCCAGGUGUUUCUUGCUGCGCUGUGUACUCUGUCUUUAGUUUGUAUUUAGAUCUUCUUUAGUGUAUUAUUAUGUCCCCUAAAUCAAGCGGAACCUAAACAACAACACUGGGAACCACUGGGAAAAAAGGAAUGGUUUUCAGGACUACCAAUUGGGGAGAAACUGAAGGGUCUCCAUGAACAUUGUCUGUCAGGAGUUUGGUCUGUAACACAGUACUUUUUACGAGUAUCAGCCAGAUUUACGUGGCUACUAAGUAUAAGUGUAACUAUAUAUAAGGCAACAAUCCAAAUGACACCGGCGGAUGGUUUUAGCGUAAAACGCGACUUUUCCAGAGUCUAGACCGUUUCUUGUGGUGAUAAUAAUUUUUGGGGGAAAACAAAUAACCUAACUUAACGUAACCUAACCCAACCCAAAUCUUACCUAACCUAAAUAUCCUAUUUGGAAUCCCAAAGUUAUAUAUACUAUAUAUAUAUA